AUGGGCAAGUGGAUGGCAAAUUCGCUGCCUCAGGCCGCAACGGUCUCACCAUCGGGUGCUUGGGGCAAUGGGUAUACGCGCGCCUCCCCCCAGCUGCUGCACUCGUAUGAGAUGAACCUCAAGGGCCCUGGCGACAUCACUCUGCAACAUAUACAGUUCUCCACGCAAUCAUCACGAAGACACGAGCACAGCACUAUCAGUCAGUUAUUGCUAGUGGUACUCGUCAGUGACUCCCUCGCCAUGGCCAUGAUCUCGAGUAUCUCGCUCUAA